GCGCAGUUUAUGGCGAAAACCGGAAGUUUAAUUGUAGAAAUUCUGACACACUUUGGGGGGUUUCUUUACGCCGGCGUAGGCCAUUCCCGAUUACAUGUACGCAUGCUUUUUGGCGUAAGUGGAUAGCUCUGUUUCAGGCCCCGUUUUUUUUUUCUUCUUUUUUUUUAAAUUAUUUAUUUCCGUGUAAACUGCGGGUCCUGAUACAAUAACACCGAUGAUCGAUCACUCAGCCCUCCGCUGAGAGAUCUGCGCUGGAAAUCCAAAAAACUCGUCUCACCUUUUUCUCACCGUUUUCAGCUGCGACAUGGCUCGACCACGGCCGCGGGAGUACAAGGCAGGGGAUCUGGUUUUCGCCAAAAUGAAAGGAUACCCGCACUGGCCGGCCAGGAUUGACGAACUUCCUGAAGGAGCUGUCAAACCACCUGCCAACAAGCAUCCCAUCUUCUUCUUCGGAACCCACGAAACGGCUUUCUUGGGUCCGAAGGAUCUUCUCCCGUACAAAGAGUAUAAAGACAAAUUUGGCAAGUCCAACAAGAGGAAAGGCUUCAACGAAGGCCUGUGGGAGAUUGAGAACAACCCUGGGGUCAAGUUCACGGGCUAUCAGACCGUCCAGCAGCAGAGCUCCUCUGAAACCGAGGAGGGGGGGAACGCUGCCGACGGCAGCAGCGAGGGCGAGGAGGGAGACUCUUUGGAGGAGGAGAACAACAAGGACACGCUGAAGGAAGAUAAGACGGGAUCAAAACGGAAAAAAACAGCCGGCUCCAAGAGAUUCUCAAAGCUGUCAAGAAUCUCGUCAGGAGAGGAUGACCUGGAGAAGGAUGGAAAAGAUGAAGACCAGAAGAGUGGUUCAGACGAAGGAGACCAUGACAGCGACUUUAUCCAAAACACCACUGAAAAUAAGAACCAGCUGCUUAGAGAAGAACAUUAAAAGAGGAAAAACACAGCAGGGAAAUCUUUCGGUGUCGCUGUGAUGUUGGAGAAACUCAUCCACGAUAGGAUUUCUCACCUGCACAACCUACUGGCUGCAGUCAUCUCAUCCUCUAGUGUGUCAGACGUCCAUGCGUGUGCCCUUACCCUCUCCUGGUGUCAGCCGUCAUAUGGAAAUGCCACUAAUUUGAUCAUCGAGCGAGUCCCACCUCUCUAAGCCUUCUUAAACCAAUGACAACAUUGAUAAGACAACACAGCUUAAGGCCUCAGAGUAAUUAUAUUUCAGCUUGUUAAAGGCCAUUAAAAUAACUUUGGUCCUACAGGUGAGUUGACACGAAUGCUCUGACAAACCUUUUAUUUUUGAGUGUUGCAUUAUGAAUACUUUGUGCUGGCAGGAAUGGUUUGGGUUUGUACUCUGGUUUCUUCCCACCGUCCAAACACAUGCCCGUGAGGUUACCGGUCACUCUAAAUUGCCCCUAGCCAAUGACAGCGUGUGUAGUUUUUUGUCUCUGUGUGGUCCUGUGAUGGACUGACCCGUCCAGACUGUGGCCGCCUCUCGCCCACGGCAGCCGGGAUACACUCCAGCCCCCCCCCCACACCCCCGAUAAUGGAUGGAAGUUGUCCAUUGUACUAAUGUUUU